CACACACAGAAACAAAGAGCUCCAAAUCUCGAUUUAUUUGGGGCAAACAAAAAAAGACAGAAUAGAAAGGGGGAUUUGCUUCUUCUGUUCGACGCAACAAUGGCUCUCAAUCUUCGUCAAAAACAAACUGAGUGUAUAACGCGAAUGUUGAAUCUGAACCAGCCGGUGAGCUCAAGCGCCGGAACUGCAAACGAAGAGGUCUAUAAGAUUCUCAUCUACGAUAGGUUCUGCCAAGACAUUCUCUCACCUCUCAUCCACGUCAAGGACCUCCGCAAGCACGGCGUAACCCUCUACUUCCUCGUCGACAAGGACCGCAAGCCCGUCCAUGACGUCCCUGCCGUUUAUUUCGUCCAACCCACCCUCAUCAAUGUCCAACGCAUCAUCUCCGACGCCUCCAAAUCUCUCUACGAUUCGUUCCAUUUGAAUUUCUCUUCGUCCAUCACGAGACCCCUUUUGGAAGAUCUCGCCUCAGGUACGCUUAAUUCCGACUCUAUUCAUCGGAUUUCCAAGGUACACGAUCAGUAUUUGGAAUUUGUAACCCUAGAGGAUAAUUUGUUUUCGCUUGCCAACAAAAAUUGUUAUGUCCAACUGAAUGAUCCUUCCGCGGGGGACCAGGAAAUUGAGGCGAUUAUCGAGAAAAUUGUGGGUGGGUUGUUCUGCGUGUUGGCUACACUUGCUGUUGUACCUGUUAUUAGAUGCCCACGGGGUGGGCCGGCUGAAAUGGUCGCUUCAUUGUUGGAUCAGCGACUGCGUGACCAUUUGUUGGCCAAGAAUAACCUGUUCUCAGAAGGUGGGAAUUUUACGAGCUCGUUUCAGAGGCCGGUUUUGUGUAUAUUUGAUCGGAAUUUUGAGUUGUCAGUCGCUAUCCAGCAUGAUUUUAGGUAUAGACCGCUUGUUCAUGACGUGCUUGGGUUGAGGUUGAAUAGGUUGAAUGUGCAAGGAGAGAAGGGUGGAAUGAAAACAUAUGAAUUGGAUCGAUCGGAUGGGUUUUGGGUGGCGAAUGGAUCUUUGGAGUUUCCAGAAGUUGCUGUGGAGAUCGAAACCCAAUUGGGCAAGUAUAAGAAAGAUGUUGAUGAGGUGAAUAAACGCACUGGUGGAAGUGAUGGGGCUGAAUUUGACGGGACUGAUUUGAUUGGCAACACCAAGCAUUUGAUGAAUGCAGUUAAUUCAUUGCCUGAGUUGACUGAGCGGAAGCAAGUGAUUGAUAAGCACACUAAUAUUGCUACUGUGUUGUUGGGCGAGAUUAAGGAGAGAUCUCUUGAUUCUUAUGCGAAAAAGGAGUAUGACAUGAUGAUCAGAGGUGCCAUUGAUCGGACUGAACUUCUUGGUGUGCUAAAAGGGAAAGGGACUAAGAUGGAUAAGCUGCGGUUUGCAAUCAUGUAUCUUAUAUCUACUGAAAGUAUUCCUCAGUCCGAAGUGGAGAUAGUUGAAGCAGCACUGAGGGAGUCUGAGGUUGAUACUAGUGCUUUUCAGUAUGUGAAAAAGAUCAAGUCAUUAAAUGUUUCACUAGCAUCAGCCAAUUCAGCAAGCAGAAGCAACAUUGUCGACUGGGCUGAAAAGCUGUAUGGGCAGUCAAUUAGUGCCGUGACUGCGGGUGUGAAGAAUCUAUUGUCUAGUGAUCAUCAACUGGCAGUAGCAAGGACUGUUGAAGCAUUGAUGGAGGGGAAGCCGAACCCUGAGAUUGAUUCUUACCUUGUGUUUGAUCCUCGUGCUCCCAAGUCAAGCACUGGGACUAGUAGCAGCCAUCUAAAAGGACCAUUCAAAGAAGCUAUUGUCUUUAUGAUUGGUGGUGGUAAUUAUGUGGAGUAUGGAAGCUUGCAAGAGCUUGCAAACCGUCAACUGCCAGUCAAGCAUAUUAUAUACGGCACAACAGAAAUUCUCAUGGGAGGUGAGUUUGUUGAGCAGCUUACACUGCUGGGGCAGAAGAUGGGAUAUCCUUGAGGAGGCAAAGAAGAGGCUCGCUGCCCAGUCGGCUGUAACUGCAUAAAUUUUGU